AUGAAUGUAAUCAGUCCCGUGUAUACGGACAGCCGAAUCGGAACCAAUGGCGGCAAAUUUCAAGUGCCUUCUUGUUUCUGCAGACAGGUUUCUGUUGUUGUGAUCGAUUAUCUGGAUUCUACAGUUUUUCCUGUGUUUCACCUUGAUCUGGUGCAAAGAUCAACUCUAGAGCCUCUACAAGUUGACAGCGCAUGCAGCCUACAUCAAGAAACAAUCAGCCAGACUUCAUUGGGCCCGGGUUUCGAUGUUUCCAGCUUCCAGCCUCUUCCAGUUGACAGUGAAUGCAGUCUUGAUCUUACAACAAUUAGCCAGACUUCAUUGGGCCCGGAUUUUGAUGAUUCUACAUUCCAGCCGCUUCCAAUUGACAGUGAAUGCAGCAUAGGUGAAGCAGCAAUCAGCCAGGCAUCAUUGGGCCCAGAUAUCGCUGUUUCGAGCUUCCAGCCUCUUCCGGUCGACAGUGAAUGCAGCCUGGAUCUACCAACAAUCAGCGAGACGUCAUUGGGCCCAGAUUUUGAUGAUUCAACAUUCAGGAAGCUUCAGGUUGACAGUGCUUGCAGCCUAGAUCAAGCAUCAAUCAGCCAGACGCCAUCGGGCCCUGAGUUUCAUGAUUCCACCUUCAGGCUGCCUUCAAUUACCAGUGCAUGCAGUCUAGAUGAAGAAACAAUCAGCCAGACGUCAUUGGGCCAAGAUUUGGAUGAUUCCAUCUUCAGCAGUGAAAGCAACCUGUCACAAGACUACAGCCAGACUUUGAUGAAAUCCAUUGUCAGCUCUGUUCCUGGGAGCAGUGGUUCCAGCCUGUCUCGGACCAUCAGCCAAGUAUCAAGUAUUGAGGAUUUCAGUGAAUCCAUCCUCAUAGCCUAUUCCUUUCAGCUGUGAAUCCAGUCACAAGAUAUCAGCCAGAAUGAAUGAAAGUUUUGGCGAGAGCUCAAUUUAAACUUUAUCCCAGAUUGCCCAGUUUCUUUUUGAAAUAUACUAAACAUGUAAAAGCAGAAAGAAACGAUUUACCAUUACCAUACCCCCCCCCCCCCCUUCUGCACUUGUAAUGCAUUUUCUCAUUUCGGGUUUCUUUUGUAUUUCUACAGAUUUCUUCCUUGAAUUAGUCCCAGGAUAAUAAUCUAAUGAAGGUUGCAGUAGCUCUCCUGCUGUGGACCUUGGCUUCAUUUCAUUUCAGAUCUAUUCAGGUGCCAUUACUGUGUCGAGCAACAGAGAUCCAAGAUCUAGCUCCAGCCAAAACUCGAUCCACCUUGGUGACCCCUUCCUUGGCUCAGGACUCAAGAUUUAGUUUGAACUUCAUG